AUGGCUCCUGCUGAACCUCACGCGAUCCCCUUCAAGGCGAAGGGUAAGACACCUCACUUCAAGGAGGAGAGGGAUGGCUGGAAAGGGUACAUUGAGUGGGAGAAGUAUCCGGAGAAGAAGAAGCAAGUUGAAGAGCUCAUGAGGCAUUAUGACUUUCCGGAGCCGCCUCAGUAUCAACUGGGACCGCUCCCCGAUACGAAUCCGAUCCUGACGGGGGAGCGAUGGAAGCAGUAUCACUACGCGUGCGGGCUGGGUCAUAUCCCCGAAGUCAGCUGGGAUAUCGUCAAGAAGGAAAAGGCGCAGGAUAUGAUUCACGUUCUUCAGUUUCCUUACAACGGCGAGCCCCCUCGUAAACGCCUGGUAGAGACAGAAAUCACCUCUAACAAAGACCACUUUGUUCGCAACCACGGCGGCAUCCCGGACAUCGACGAGGACAAAUACACCCUCGACAUCGCCGGCCUCGUCAACAACCCGCAGACACUGACCCUGCACGACCUAAAAACCAAGUUCAAACACCAAACCAACGUCAUCUCGAUCCAGUGCUCCGGCACGCGGCGCAUCGAGCAGAUCGCGCAGUACCCAGGCGACGGCGACGAGCUCAUCAACGCCCCCUGGGGCGAGGGCGCCAUCGGCACCGCGCGAUGGACGGGCGUGUCCCUGAAGAAAGUCAUAAAGUACUGCGGCGGGUUGAAAGACGGCGCGGCGCACUUGGAGUUUUACGGCGCGGAUACGUACUUUAAGAAGGGCAAGGUGUAUAACUACGUCGUGAGCGUGCCGUGGCGCAAGGUGAAGGCGAACGAGGUGCUGCUGGCGUGGGAGAUGAACGGGCAGCCGCUGCCCAGGAUCCACGGGUUUCCGUUGCGGACGGUGGUGUUUGGGUAUAUCGGGGCGCGGAGCACAAAGUGGUUGACGCGGAUCCGGGCCAUCGCGAGCGAGAGCAGUGCGCCGGUGCAGAGGCGGGAGUAUAUCUACUACACGCCGCAGGUGGGGAAGCAGAAUGUUAAGUACAGCAACGGGUUCUCGAUCCAGGAGAUGCCUGUGAGCUCUGCUAUUAUGACGCCGAGGGAUAUGGAGCAGGUCGUUCACGAAGGGAAGGUGAGGUUGAGGGGGUGGGCGUACUCUGGGGGCGGGCAUUGGCCUGUGAGGGUCGAGGUCAGUGGCGAUGGGGGCGGGGUGUGGUAUGAGGUCCCUUGGGAGAAGAUGAGCGGCAAGUAUUUCCAUGCGUGGCGGUUGUGGGAGAUUGAGUUGCCUGUUGACGCGGAGGGGUGGCUGGAGUUUUGUGUGAGGACGUGGGAUAACGCGUGUAAUACGCAGCCUACUUUUGUGAGGUCUGCUUGGAACUGGGACUUGCACGUCACGUCGUCGGCGCACCGCAUCAAGGUGUAUAGCAUCAACAAGUCGAGACCCGCGACGGCGGCGAGGCUGAAGAAGCUGGAGGAGAAUGGGAUUCCGAUUGUGCCGAUUACGCUGCCUGCCGAGAUUGACUUUGAGUCGGAUGAGGAGUAUGAGAGGAACAUGGCGGCGCAGGGCGGGCGGGAUCCCACGGAGUGA